CGUCUUCCUGUCGCAUAAACAAAAGACCUCGAGGAGAUUGACGCACCACGCGCGCGUGCACCACGAACGGAAGAGUGAAUUCCCCAACGAACGACGCGACCAAACCGAGGAGAUGCAGGUCCACGCAGUACCCGAUUCCGAGCGCGCGUUUGAUUCGACAGGGAGGAGGCUGCCCUGGGCGCUUGAGUUCGCAGAGUAAGUCAUGUUUCACUGCCAUUACCGGAUGGAGCUUUCUACACAGAACAUCCUAGUCAUGCGACAAACAAGACUGGAGAGUGGCCUCUUUACGCCUUUCCUCUUCUUUAUGCAACCCCAACGCCAUGGAACACUUCAACUGGGAUUCGCCCAUACAUUCGCACAUACAGCUAACUUUGAUCCCCGACAGUCCCGAUCAAAAUCAACGGCGCGUCCCAGAAGAGAAAGGCCCCUUUGGCAAAGCACGGAAACGCGGCACCUCACGAGCGAAGACACCCUUGGGCGCCAGCAACGCAGCUGACGAAGCGAGACUCUACAACCAGCGCACAGAAGAUGACAUCUUCAGUCGUUUCAAGGCAGAUGAGGAUAAGAGGCGCUCGGUAUCCGCGCGGCCAGCUGGUGGACUACCACCAUCGGCAUCGGCACCGAAUCUCAUAGACGCAAGCAACGGACUGAACAACUCGUUCGCAGCAGGCGCAUCAACGAACGCCACUUUCGCACAAGAACCCAAGGAAGUUAUACUAUACGGCUUUGGCUCCGAGCAGCAAUGGGCUGCGAUAGCACACUACGAGAAGGUUUCCAACGGGAUGAUCUACGAAGAAUACGACCGCGAGCCACCCAACCCCAGGCUCGGCUAUAGUCUAGCAGCGCAACGCUCGACGUACUACCCAAACUUGGAACCGAAAUACAUGGCCAGGAUCAAGACAUAUCUUGGGGGUGACCACUGGGUUAAGGUGACUUUUGAUAGUGCAGAAGCCGCGGAGCGCGCAUGUCACUACAGCCCGAAGAACAUCCAAGGCUACACAGUUUACGCAGAGAUGUACAGAGGGACAGGACCACAAGGUGGUGACCGGCCGUUACGCGCAGAAGGAGGGGGAAUGUCACAAAUCGCUUCACCCAACACCGUAUCUUCAGGCACCCUAGGACCACGCGGCGCGUCUCAGUCUUCCGCAACCGCCUCAUCUGCCACAGCGACGGCCUCUCAGCCUGCAGCAUUACAAGGACUCGUAUCGCAAUCAAACGCAGAACCAGCCUGGCUGAGGAGUACGAGCGGUGCUUUCCCAAGCCACCUCGAUGAUAUGCCUGUCGAACCUAUGUCUCAACCACGCGAAAUGCACCAAGCUCUCGACCCGAAUACCGUUCCCGCGCACGCAACCACCACAGCAUUGAACCCCCGCUCUCAACGCGCAACCCUCCGGCUCAAGGGCGCAAACGUAAAGCCCGUCGUCUUCCUCCCGCAAGAAAAGGCGUUCCUCCCCGCAAAACCCCGCUGGCAGCAAACAUUCGGCUCGCUGCCUGUCAUUGGCUGGGUAAUUGGCUCAGGACAUGGUAUCAUUGGCGACCAUGUACCGAGAAAAGAGGACGGAACUUUUGAUGCGAACAAUGCAAGUCUCUACUGGCGAGUGUGGUACAUGGUGGACAACUGCUUCGGCAGUGACUUUUGUGGGGUCAGGGAUGCGGAGUAUGAUGAGUAGGGAUAUUUUCAGGCGGGGACAUUUUGUGCAAAACCAAAGGGUGUUUGAUAAGCAUUGGGCGGCGUUUUCGAAAUGACAAUAUAGCGAUGUGACUUGUAGUGCUUGGAGGAAUUUGGUAUCAGAUGCAUAUGUAAUGAAAUGCGAGUAGCAUCCUCAGCGGAAUGU